GUGCUCUCGCACCCUUCUGGCUGACGCGCGCCGGCUGCUACAGGAGGAAGCCAUCACCUUGAACACCGGAGACAUUGUGGAGAAAAACGGCUUGGUUUGGAAGCGCUUUCCAGACAGCUGUUCGGCCUCUGGUGAGACUCGCGCUGUUGUCUCUGUUACCGUGCUGGGCUCUCAAUUUGCCAGCUUGCUGCCGAUUGAGCAAGACGAGAUGCCACCGCCGCUUCCUCUCCCGACUGCCGAAACGGUGAUUUCCUUCUUCACCGCCACUUUCGGGAGCAAGGCCCGAGGCAUCCGUGGUCGCUUGGAGGACCUGGGUGGUGCCCAACCACCGGUCGCCGACAGAAGGUUGUUCGAGCUGCUGGGCGUCGACCCAGAUGCGACCGCUGACACACUGCGACGUGCCUGGCGCCGACGUGCAAGACGACUGCAUCCGGACGCAUCGCCAGACGAAGCAGCAGCCUUCGCAGCACUCAAAGAGGCCUUUGAAGUCCUUUCGGAGCCGACUCAGCGAGUCCGCUAUGAGGCUCUCGGCGCUGCAGGCCUCCAGGAAUUCGAGGCUUCUCUGCAGGGCUUCACAACGGCCCUGUCCCUGGUCCUGGGUGCCUGGGCACUGCGGCCACUCCUUGGCGCUGUAGAUUCGCCUCUCGGCCUAGGGGCUGCGGCUUCUAAAAUGGAGGCCGCCCCUGCGGGAGUGGCGCACCCUUCUCCCGUGGAGGCAGUGAUGUCAGCGCUCGAUGCGGAGCUUCGCUUGAUUCUUGACUGGCCAGAGGUGGCGGAGGCUGAGACCUGCCGCGAUGCACCUCUGCAUGCUGAUGCGCACGAUGAUGGACAGCUGGAGUUGCUAGGCCUGUUCAAAGUCUUUGCGAAGCAGAGUGAUCUUCCAGCAGACCUGGGCACGGUUCGUGCAGCAUCCGCUUCCUUUCAUCAUAUCUGUGCCAUUCGCAACGAUGGGCAGCUGACUUGUUUUGGAAAGUACGACUUGGGCCAGUGCGAUGUGCCAGAGGACCUGGGGGCAGUUCUAGAAGUUGCCGUCGGCUACGCCCACACCUGCGCUCUGAGGGCAGACAGGCAGGUGGUCUGCUUCGGAUACAAUGUACAGGGCUCUUGCGAGGUGCCCAAAGGCCUGGGUGAAGUUCAGAGCGUUUGUGCUGGCACUUUUCAUACAUGUGUCACUACAGUUGAGGGUGAGCUGUUGUGCUUCGGUGACAAUGAGCACGGGCAGUGCGACGUGCCAAAUCUGGGGCGGCCCAUUCUGGGAGCGUCUGCUGGUGGUGCGCAUACAUGUGUCGUGACUGCAGCUGGACAGCUGCUGUGUUUCGGAAGCAACAGAUUUGGUCAGUGCGACGUGCCAGACAACUUGGGUUCGGUUCUCUCCGUGGCUGCAGGUGACUCCCACACCUGUGCUAUCAAAGCCAGUGGAGAGCUGGUUUGCUUUGGCAAGAACGACGAUGGCCGAUGCGAUGUGCCAAGUGACCUGGGAGCAGUUUUAGCAGCUUCGGCCGGGUACUCUCACACCUGUGCAAUACGAACCGAUGGUCAGCUGUCCUGCUUUGGAGACAAUCAGUGCGGCCAGUGUGACGUGCCACCUAACUUUGGAACCCUUCUUGUCAACUAG